AUGGGUGGCCGCUAUGGUUUCUCAAAUCGCUGGGCCAUCUCGCCCUUCAGCUCCCAGGACGGUGUCCCGGAUGUGACGGAGCAGGAUUACAGCUACAUUACCUCUGCCGAGCUGGAAGACCACGGCUACAACGUCCCUUCUCGGUCAUACCAGAGCCAUCCUCAUAUCAGCGGCUCCUACUCCUACUCCACUUCCGCACCUUCACCGGUGUAUGGCCGACAUCUGCCCGAAGAUGACGUCUUGCUUAUCAAGCACCAGGGCGUUACGUAUCCGGAGCACUUUCCAGCAUACUCCAUCGGCGACGCCAAACUCCUGGUCAGCGACGUGCGCGAGCGUGUCGCCAUGAUCAUGGAUCUCUCGGACCGCCGGGCGAGGCGAAUCAAGCUCUACUACAAGGGCCGCCGUCUAAAGAAGUCCGAUGUGCCAAUCCGCGAGUACGGGGUCAAAAACAACAGCGAGCUCCUCAUGGUCCUUGGAGACCCCAAUCAGGGAAGCAGUGGCGAGAGCAGCGAGGAGAUUUCAGUUGUUGGAGUUGACGGGAGAGACAGGCACGAGAGGCAUGAAGACUCGCCCAGUUAUUCGCCCAGGGUUGGCAGGUCGGGGAGGUGGGACGAUCGGAGUCCCCGGGACAGCAGCUCGCAAGUUGGCCAGGAGUCUUCGGGUGGCGACACCGUGAGAAGAACCGCAUCGAGAGUCCGCCGUACACAGUCACCCGGGUCUGCCGUUUCUGCAGCCAGCGCGCCCGCCGCGGCACCUGUCGGCAUUCCCGGUGGCCCCAUCGAAAAGGUGAACGCCAUUGCCGCCGACUUCAGGAGAGACUGGCUACCCCGGUGCCUGGAGUUCGCAGCCAACCCACCCAAGGACGCCAAGACACGGGGCGACGAGCAUCGCAAGCUCUCCGAAUCCGUCAUGCAAAAGACAUUGCUGAAGCUCGACGCGAUCGAGACAUCUGCAGAAGAAGGCGCACGAGCAAGAAGGAAAGAGCUGGUGGUGGAAGUUCAAAGCGUCUUGAACAAGAUCGAUGCAGCCAUGAAGAUCAAGUAG